UUAACUCCGUAAAGAAAACAUUGACACCUUGCAUCCUGGAAAUUCAAUUAAGAAACUGCAAUUAGGGACUUAUUUCAAAUUUGGACAUGGCUAAUCGAGGAGCAACAAGACCCAACGGGCCAAAUACUGGAAAUAAAAUAUGCCAGUUCAAACUAGUACUUCUUGGAGAAUCUGCUGUUGGCAAAUCAAGCCUAGUGCUUCGUUUUGUGAAAGGCCAAUUUCAUGAAUUUCAAGAAAGUACCAUUGGGGCUGCUUUUCUUACCCAAACUGUAUGUCUCGACGACACGACAGUAAAGUUUGAAAUCUGGGACACAGCUGGCCAAGAACGAUACCAUAGUCUAGCACCAAUGUACUACAGAGGAGCACAAGCAGCCAUAGUUGUAUAUGAUAUCACAAAUGAGGAGUCUUUUGCCAGAGCCAAAAACUGGGUUAAAGAACUUCAGAGGCAAGCCAGCCCUAACAUCGUAAUAGCUUUAUCAGGAAACAAGGCUGACCUUGCAAAUAAAAGAGCUGUUGAUUUUCAGGAAGCACAGUCCUAUGCAGAUGACAACAGCUUAUUAUUUAUGGAGACAUCAGCUAAAACAUCAAUGAAUGUAAAUGAGAUAUUCAUGGCAAUAGCUAAAAAGUUGCCAAAGAAUGAACCACAGAAUCCAGGAGCAAAUUCUGCCAGAGGAAGAGGAGUUGACCUUACUGAACCCACACAGCCAACCAGGAGUCAGUGUUGUAACAACUAAACCUCCCAUUCGAACUAGCUGGAAUAUCUAUCCUUAAGCUUCCUAAAUGUUAAUAACAGAGGAAUUGGAGCAUCUAACCGGCCCAGUAUGACUUCCAAAAAGAAGAGACUUUAGAGUCAACUUUCUAAUACAGAAUUAUUUUAAGUGUUUUGAACAUAAUUUUUAAUAACAUUGCAUGUGACUCUCUUAACGUCUCACCAGUAGAAAGGGGAAAAAUAACAGCUUUGUUUAUGCUUGUUUCUUUGGAAGGUUGAGGGAUUGUUUCUCAUCCCAGGCAUAGCUACAGGAGUCUACCGAUCCAUGAUGGCCAACCAGUUUUAUGAAGAAGUCAAUGGAAAAGAUUUGGAACUUAACAAA